AGUAUAUAGUGACAUUUUAUUAAUGUGAAAUUUAUUAUUUAUCCGUUAAUUAUUUGUGACUUUAUUUUAAUAGUUGACGUAUAAUUGCAGUGGGAAUAAUAUUAUUUUGCAUUUAUUUAAUGUGUGUAAUUAUUGCAUGUAUUCCAAUGCGCACGUGUAAAAGCUAUCCUAUGUUUAUGACAAUCCAAGAUGGCCGCUCGUUCUACAGUUCUAAUCCUUCAACGCUGAGUCCUUUACUUGGAAUGGUUACAUGGUGCGCGUUUGGUAUCUCCUGGUUCUUCGUUACAUGUCUAACACUUAUCAAGACUACCUUUACUUAUCCUAGAAUUUUUCUUGUUGCCGUCUUGACUGUUUCGGUAGUAUCUGGUUCAGUAUUCCAUAAGUAUUCACUUAAGUUUGGUAGUAGGCUUCUUGUAACUGCAUCGGCUUUAAUGUAUAUCUUCCGAUGUUAUGAUUUGCUACCUCGGUAUUUAUUACCUUCGAUAUCUUCAUACCGUCGUAUAUUAUGUUUUGCAAAGUUGGAUCCGUAGCCAAUUCUCGUGGAAUUCCUGCAUGCACACUUCCUUCUACGAUGAUUGGUUGCAUACAAAUCUCGUUAACUUAUAAGGUACCUUUUCUUGUUUGCUAAGACCAUUCCGUCGGUGUUGAAUCGUUUGUUAUAAUGUCACUAAUUUUUGACUUUCCAAUUUUAUCACGUCUUCUUGAUCAUUCCAGUAGUAUCAACUUCGAUUCUUCGUACACAUUUAAUCCAAUUUGGUAGUUGGUUUCUCAUAACUGUGUUGACCCUUGUAUAAACUUCUUCGAUGUGAGUAGUAAAUUAUCGUUGUCACUCACUUAACCUAUCUUAGUUAUUUCUUAACUCUUCCUGCGCUUAUUAAUUAAUUUUAUUUCUUCUUAGUAAAGACCGCUGUGUCAACGCGGAGUAAUUUCGUUAUAAUGUCAUUAAUUUUCUUGAUUUUUUUGGUUUUAUUUUCCAUUAGCGAACUGUAAGUUUGUUGUCGAGCAUCAAUUAUUGAUUGUUGUGCUUCGUUUAGUUUAAUUGAAAUAUUAUUGCAAGUCUUUAAUAGUAUUAUUCUCUUCCAUAUAUAUUAAGGCAAUUGAGGUUAGUUCAUUCAUUCGUUUCUGCUGACAGUCGUAUACUAUGUUCUACGGAGUGGGUCCACAACUUGUUUCUGCGAAAUUCCAGCAUGUAUGCUUCCUUCUACGAUGAUUAACUGUGCACUAGGUGCUUUUAACUUUCACUGCUUUUAAUCAUUUUAUUGAAUUAACAUGUUGUGUAUUUAAAUGAUGGUUAGAACACACA